ACGCCCAUCUCCUUUAAUACCCAGAAUGCAGCACCAGUGAUGUACACAGUGAAACAACAAAGAUGGCUAUCUCGCGGAUGUCCCCGAUAGGUUUCUGUUUUUUGUUUGUUUUAUUUGUUUCGAUAGAAGCUUCUCCGCGACAGUUGGACAAGGAGAGUAUCCUGAUAAACGUGACAGCAGUUGGUGACACACAACAGGAGACGCACAAUCUUCAGAUCAAUUUCAACAUCUCUGUGGUUGGAGAACACAUAUUUGUUAAUGACAUCCCUGUGAAGUUAUCAGGAGUUACAAGGUUAACCUGUCAAGCCUUGCUUUUGCACAGCAAUGGAGGCAGUGGGUCUGAACAUGGCGUCUACGUCAGCACUGUGGUCAGGGUGAUGGUGCGCCAGUGGCCUCUCGAGAAUUAUCCCGUGGUGGAGCUGCUGGUCUUUAAUGAGGAAGUCAUCGAGGUGGAAGGGAGGAAGGUCCAGCAGCCUGACAUGUAUGAAGUCAAAAUACUGAUGAACGAAAACCUCCAGAAACUAAGACAGUCCACAUAUUCCUACCCCAUAUCCGAGAGCAUGCUCUUCCAUAUUCCCAGAGAAAAUGAUGUGGUUGUUACAGACCCCAACCUCCCAACAAAAGUUGAAGAUCAAGACAUCUUCCACACAACCAGUCACUCCCCCCUCAAACAAGCCGAGACCACGCAGGAGGAGACCGCCGCCCCCGGCAAGCUCCCAGAGACCCCCCUGCGCAUGGACCCCAUGUACGAGGAGGACACAACCGCCGAGGAGGAGGGGCUCCCAGACAAACUGCUGCCGGAGACCCCGCUCCGAUCAGAGUCUAUGUCCUCUUACAGCGCCAUGUGCCAGUGGGUCGAGCAGCUGAGGGACCGCCUGCGGAGAUUUUGGACCGAAUCCCUGCCCCUCUUCUUCCUGAUCAUGUGGGUGGUGGUCGUCGGGGUCGUGGGGUCGGCGGUCAUCGUCAAGAUCCUGGACGUGUUCUUCCCGUCCUGUGAACACAAGGGAAUCCUAACUCUAAAUCCAGUGACCCUAAUGCCAGAAGAUGAGAAACACUGUCUGCUGGAGAACAUGGAGACAGAGCCUGAGGAGAAGAUGCCUUGAGUUGAAGGUCUUGGUCUUGGGAUUCAGCGGAUUGUCGUUACCUUGGGGGCCAGAGGCAUUCGUGUGGUCAGGGAACCCAACUAUCUUCUCUGUGUAGCACUUUCAUACAUAACUAUAUAGUGGUGACGCCUUUUCUUUUAUCAAAAAAAGAUAAUCCACCCCCAGAACAUGCAACAAAACAAGAUGGUCAACAUUUUCAGAUGGUCAGUAUUAAGCAUCUUUAUGAAGAUCCCUGACUAUCUUUGUGUAUUAAAUUGUUCUGUGACUUCACUGCGCCUUCAUGAUUACCGUUUUCUAUAGUGAAGGCUUAAUCUCAUGUACACAAAGAUCUGAAGUCUUUUGAUUGGUUGAUCUGCUGAGUGAAGUGAUUUUAUUCAUGGAAUUCUUUUUAGGCUAUCGAUCAGUUUUCUUUACAUUCGGUUACAUAUGCGUUGUUUGACCAUUUUUUGCAGAUUUCACCUUAAAGGUGUGCACGUGUGACUUAAAAUAAGGAAGCAAGGAUUGCAGACAGCAUGCCUUGGGAAAAGACUAGGUUUAACAAUGCAAUUGUGCAAUGAACACAAGUUGUCCUAGAGCUAAACUGAAUGCGUCAUUUUAAUUUCUGAAAACACGUGUUACUUGUUUAGCACUUUUGUUAAUAAAAUAGCCCCGAAAGGCACAGCCCUGGCAAGUUAACAUUAAAAUAACUCUGACAGUUCAUUUAGUCAGAUUCGAGUAGCACUGAAAACGAGGUGAGAGACACCAGCUCGGUCUGAAGAUUGUUCCCUUUGGAGAUUUGUUUUGUCAUUUUCCCCCCUUUUAAAGUCAAAUGUAGUUAAGUACAAGAGUUGCUUUGGAAUGUGAUUCACGACACUUGAUGCUUAUUGUUCGUAUUGACGUCGAAAUCAGUUGCAAUUUGCACAGUACUAGCCUCAGUCAUGCUGGUGAAAGCUGCCUGUUGAAUAUGCCUGUACACCCAAAAAGGUAAAUUAAAAGUAAAUGGGGGAGGGUGGGCUGUCAGGCCAAGUGGAAACAUUCAGUCCUUAAAUGGUGCUUCUGUGGUGCCUUCUUGGCUUUCCGAUCUCAUGGCUUUGUUGUUUGCGGCGCUUGAAGCAUGGAAGCAUGACUUUGUGCUAUUCCCCCCCCCCCCCCCCCCCCCCCCC